AUGGCAACUUUGGCUUGUUUGAUCAAACCGUUGCUGUUCAGCGUAGUGAUAUUGCUGUUGCUCAACUUAGCAAAGGGCGAGUUUGCAGUACAGUUUGGUGAAUCGCUUAAACCAUGUCCGGGCGCGAUGGAAGACACACUGCUCCUGGACUUAUCCGAGCUUCAGGUCAUUCCGGAUGAAAACGAUAGCAUGGUACUGAACGGAAAAGUACGCCUGAACCGCGAACUUGAGAGCCCACUCGAGGUAAACAUUUACACCAAAAGACUGGAGCAGGGCGAAUGGAAUGAUGCGGUGUUGGGACGCAAGAUACUUGACAUUUGCCCAUUGCUACAGAUUAGCACAGAGCCCUGGUUCGUCAUCACAAGCGUAAUGGGCAAAAAGGACUGUCCAUUCACUAAAGGCCACGAGGAAUCCUUUGCGAUGCUACCGGUCGGUGAUUUUGGUAUAGAGAUACCUCCGGAUUUCGUAGGCGAUUGGAAAGGAUUCUUCGAGGUAAGCUCAAAGGCCCAAAUGUCCUGCAUGAUGAUGGAGUUCAGCAUCGUGGAGGUGUAG